UCCCGGCUCUCCACGGCCCCGCGCAGAAGCCUCCCGAGCGCAGCUUUUUACUCUAGAGCCUGAACUUGAACUUCACGGCGCGCCGGCUGAGAGCCCGUUGCGUGCCAGGAACUCGCCUCAGGUCUCCAGAUAAUGCUCCACAUCAUCGCUUAUGACAAGCCUCACAGGAGGGAACUGAUGCCCACAAUCAGUUGAUGAUAACUGCAUAGACUAUUGUUGAUGCUGAUGAUCCUCUUGUAACUUUGGAGUAAACCUAGUUUCUUGACAGAGGUUUGUCAGGAUUAAAUGAAAGAAGGCAAAGCUUAUAUUGUUUCAGUGUGGCCCAGAAGCCAUUUGGAGCCACAUAUGUCUGGAGCAGCAUCAUAAACACUCUUCAAACACAAGUGGAGGUGAAAAAACGAAGGCAUCAUUUAAAACGGCAUAACGACUGCUUUGUUGGUUCCGAAGCGGUGGAUGUCAUUUUUUCUCACCUAAUUCAGAAUAAAUAUUUUGGUGAUGUAGACAUUCCUCGGGCCAAAGUGGUGAGAGUGUGUCAGGCACUUAUGGACUACAAAGUAUUUGAAGCGGUUCCUACCAAAGUCUUUGGAAAAGACAAAAAACCUACAUUUGAAGAUAGUAGUUGCAGCCUGUAUCGAUUCACAACAAUACCUACCCAGGACAGCCAGUUAGGCAAGGAGAAUAAACUGUGUUCACCUUCCAGGUAUGCAGAUACAUUAUUUAAGUCAUCUGAUAUCAAAUCGGCAAGUUUAGAGGAUCUGUGGGAAAAUCUGAGUUUAAAACCCGCUAACUCCCCUCAAGUAAACAUCUCUGCAACCUUGUCUCCACAAGUUAUUAAUGAAGUAUGGCAAGAAGAAACAAUUGGGCGUCUGCUGCAACUUAUAGAUCUUCCACUUCUUCAUUCCUUACUCAAGCAGCAAGAGGUUGUACCUAAAGCUUCUCAAGCUAAGAGGCAGCCUGACUUGGUGAACAACAGUAACUACCUGGAUCGAGGGAUUCUCAAGGCUUAUAGUGACUCUCAGGAAGAUGAGUGGCUCUCAGCUGCAAUUGACUGCUUGGAAUACCUUCCAGAUCAGAUGGUUGUGGACAUAAGCAGAAACUUUCCUGAACAAUCAGAUAGAAUAGACUUAGUGAAAGAACGUCUAUUUGAUGCCAUUGGCAAAUAUUAUAGUAGUAGGGAACCUCUGUUAAAUCAUUUAUCUGAUGUUCACAAUGGAAUUGCAGAACUUUUAGUGAAUGGGAAGACUGAAAUAGCAUUAGAAGCUACUCAACUCUUUCUAAAACUUUUGGAGUCCCAAAAUAGAGAAGAAUUUAGGAGACUGUUAUAUUUCAUGGCUGUUGCAGCACGUCCUUCUGAAUUUAAAUUACAGAAAGAAAGUGACAAUCGAAUGGUUGUGAAAAGGAUAUUCUCAAAAGCUAUUGUGGACAAUAAAAAUUUAUCCAAAGGCAAAACUGAUCUUCUAGUACUCUUUUUAAUGGAUCAUCAAAAAGAUGUUUUUAAGAUUCCUGGAACACUUCAUAAAAUUGUCAGUGUUAAGCUCAUGGCCAUUCAGAAGGGAGGAGAUCCAAACAGAGACACAGGAUAUAUUUAUUGCCAGAGAAUUAAUCAAAGUGACUAUUCUGACCAUAUACAGAAGACAACCAAAGAUGAGCUGUUGGGUUUACUGAAAACUAUUGAUGGGGAUUCAAAACUGUCUGCCAAAGAGAAGAAAAAAUUGCUAGGUCAGUUCUAUAAGUGUCACCCAGAUAUUUUUAUUGAAUAUUUUGGAGACUGAAUUUUAAUGUCUGUAUAUAACUUGUGUAUUUUAAAAAUAAAUUAUGUAUCAUAAACAUUCAAUUGUAUUUCUAAAAUUGAAAGUUUUAAAUAUGAAACUCAAUAAAAACUUUUUUGUAUA